UUUUGGAAGAAGUUAUAACGUCAAGGAAAUUUCCACCCAGUACAAGGAUAUGCUCUCGGCUUUGGAUUCUAGAGCUGUCUCCUUCCAGAUUAUAUUGGACUCUCUGUACAUCUGUUCCUCUGCCAUCAUCAUGGGACCAUAGGGUGGAAUGGAACUGAAAUUGAAGUGGGUCACCUGGGAAUUGGGAAGCUGAAAUUCAUGGUGAUUUGCACACUUUGAAGUUUGAAGAUUUGUGGAAUUGGAAAAACCCCAGAAACCUAGUUUUUGAAUCUGGUGUGAGAAUGGUUUCCACUGAUAACGGUGAACUCAAAGAGGAAAUUGAGGAAAGCAAUGGGAGCAAAGUAGAGGGUCUGGUUCCUCUUCACAUUUCAACAUCUCAAAGAGGGUUAAUUAGUGAUGAAGACACUAAAAAAGGGUUUAAGAAAAGGUUUCUUGGUAGAGUGAGGUUGCUCAAAUUUGGCUCAGCCAAAUUUCGGCAACUAGCUGAGGGGAGAGAUGAGCUUUCACGAGCUGUGCCUUCUUCCAGUCAUCAUAUUAGGGAGCGUUUCAAUGAGGUUUUUAUGCGGAAAAUUGAUUGGGUUUCACUCAGGAAAAUGUGCAAAGAAUGGAUUAGAGACCCCAUGAACAUGGCCCUUUUUGCGUGGAUUGUGUGUGUUGCUGUCUCGGGUGCGAUUUUGUUCCUUGUCAUGACAGGGAUGUUAAACCAUGAACUACCAAAGAAGUCUCAGAGAGAUGCGUGGUUUGAAGUUAAUAAUCAAAUUCUCAAUGCGCUGUUUACUCUUAUGUGUUUGUAUCAACACCCAAAGCGAUUCUACCAUCUUGUCCUUCUUUGCAGAUGGAGGCCAGAAGACAUUUCUAAACUUAGAAAGAUUUACUGCAAGAAUGGGACUUAUAAGCCCCAUGAAUGGGCGCACAUGAUGGUUGUUGUUAUUCUACUCCAUAUCAAUUGUUUUGCUCAGUAUGCGCUUUGUGGUCUUAACUUGGGGUACAGGAGAUCUGAGCGACCCGCUAUAGGAGUUGGAAUAUGCAUAGCUGUUGCAAUUGGUGCACCUGCAAUUGCUGGUGUUUAUACCAUUGUUAGCCCCCUUGGGAAGGAGUAUGAUUCUGAAACGGAUGAGGAAGCACAAGUUCCAAUCACAACUGACUCAAACAGGUCAAGCCAGUUGAGACGAAAGUCGAUGGAGAGGAGGUUCUCAUUUGCAUCAAGGGAUGAGCAGAGGGUUGUCGAGAGUAGGCCAGAAUGGAGUGGAGGGGUUCUUGAUUUCUGGGAUGAUAUUUCUCUAGCAUAUCUCUCACUGUUCUGCAGUUUUUGUGUUUUUGGGUGGAAUAUGGAGAGACUUGGAUUUGGAAACAUGUAUGUUCAUAUUGCUACUUUUCUUUUGUUUUGUAUGGCUCCUUUCUGGAUUUUCAACUUGGCAGCUGUUAAUAUUGAUAAUGACACCGCAAGGGCGGCUUUGGGGACGAUGGGGCUUAUUCUUUGUGUGUUUGGCUUACUCUAUGGCGGAUUCUGGAGGAUUCAGAUGAGAAAGAGAUUCAAUUUGCCAGCUUAUCACUUCUGUUGUGGUGAACCUGCUGUUACUGAUUGUGCACUGUGGCUUUGCUGUUGUUGGUGUUCUCUUUCUCAGGAAGUGAGGACCGGGAAUUCCUAUGAUAUUGUAGAAAAUACAUUUUGCAGGAAAAAAAUGGAUGGUGGUAGUCAGCUGCCAAUUUCACCUUUGCCUCGUGAAGAUGGUGUGAGUCAGAUCAGGUCCGGCUCAAGUUCUCCACUUGGGAACAGUGCCAGCCCAUUGAAAAUCAUAGCUGCCUCUCCAAGUUCAAGCAGAGCUUCAAAGGGAUAUUACAGUCCCGAAAGGAAUCUACCCGUGGUGGAGGAAGAGUCUCCUGCAGGAGGUAAGGAUGAAAUUAUGAUACCACCUGUUCCAUCAUUGAUACGAAGAGAAGCAAAUUAGCAGAAAAAGAAAAAACGUUUGAUACCUUUCGGUGUGGACUAGUUCGUGUAAUUACUUUAUUUUUGAGUGUCACAAAUACAUAUCAUACCAUGUUUUCCAUACCUUACUGAAGGCAUCUAGUUUCCAUAUGAUAUUUGCAUUGUGUUUCUUAAUUAACUCCAUAGUUGAAGAAAUACUUUACCUUAAUUAGGCAGUUAUUUUGUAGAAGAUAAUCUACCUAAAUGGCAGUAAUUUCUGUGAUCAUCAA